AUGUCUACUGCUUAUUCAGAUAUCCAAAAGCCAACUAACGAUUUGUUAAGUCGUGACUUCUUCCACGCUGCUACUGCUUCAGUUGAUGUUAAGUCUACUGCUCCUAAUGGAGUCGCUUUUACUGUCAAAGGUAAGACAGCUAAGGACAACUCAAUUGCUGCUUCAGUUGAUGCUAAAUAUGCCGACAAGUCUAGUGGAUUGACCUUGACUCAGGGCUGGAAUAACGCCAACUCUUUGAACACCAAGAUCGAGUUGUCUGAGUUAUUGACCCCAGGCUUGAAAGGUGAGUUAAACACCUCCGUCGUUCCUAACGGUCCUCGUAAUGCCAAGUUGAACUUCUUCUACCAACAAUCAGCCGUUAAUGCUAGAUUAUUCUUUGAUUUAUUGAAAGGUCCUGUCGCAACUGCUGAUUUGGCUGCUUCUCACGAUGGUUUUGUUGCUGGUGGUGAAUUAGGUUACGACAUUGCUUCUGCCAAGGUCAACAAGUAUUCUGUUGGUGUAGGUUACGCUAACCCUAUCUAUACUGUUUCCGCAACUGCAACUUCUAACUUGUCCGUUUUCACAGCUGCUUACUACCACAAGGUCUCCCCCUUAGUUGAAGCAGGUGCAAAGGCCACUUGGGAUUCUGUCAAAUCUUCCAACGUCAGUGUCGAGUUUGCUACCAAGUAUGCUUUAGACAGCAGCGCUUUCAUCAAGGCUAAAAUUGCCGACUCAGGAUUGACUGCCUUGGCAUAUUCUCAAAAAUUGAGACCAGGUGUCACCUUGGGAUUAGGAGCUUCUUUUGAUGCCUUGAAAUUGGCCGAGCCUGUGCAUAAGCUCGGUUUCUCUUUGUCCUUUUCUGCUUAA